AUGGACAUGGAACCUGUAAGAAUGAUAAUACGUUACGACUGUAAGUAUCGGAUCUGUCCACACGAUAUUCCUUGGGUCGACUUUGCUACGGGAUCCGAUUCAAUUCGCUCCAUUGCCCAGGAAUGUUCUAAUCGAGGUCAUUGUAAUCGCAACAAUGGCAAGUGCGAAUGCGAUGCAGGAUUUACCGGUUCUGCGUGUGAGCGUCUACAAUUGUGCCGGACUAAUUGUAAUGGUCACGGUAAAUGCCUGUCAAUGCGAGCAAUGGCUGCUAUGAGGAACGACUACAACCUUUUUCAUUCAACUUUGUAUGAUACACCAUGGGAUGCUGAUCGGAUCUAUGGCUGUGUGUGCGAUUAUGGCUACACUGGUGUUGAUUGCUCUCUUCGACAAUGUCCGUACGGUGACGAUCCUAUAACGACGGGUCAAGUUGAUGAAGUGCAAUCACUCUCUUGCCUCUGUAAUGGCUGCACGGGGACAUUUACGCUGAGUUUUCGUGGAGAAACCACUCGAUCACUUGAUGGAAAUAUUGAUACGGCCGCAACGCUUAAGGCAGCAUUAGAAGACUUGAAGACUAUCCGAAGUAUCACUGUUACUUUAUAUGGUGGUACUACUUUAUGCGACUCAGACGGUGUAUCUGCAAUACUCACUUUUACGCACGAACAUGGAGACGUACCAGCUCUAGUAAUCGAUUCAUCCUUGUCGGGUGGCAUUAUCUCACUAACAGUUGAAACAGAUGGCACACAAGCCGCGUAUGGUCCGACUCCAUUAUUAACAGUACGAGGAACCAAAGAGUGGCUUGAAUGCUCAGGUCGAGGCUCUUGUAAUACAUUAAUUGGUCUCUGUGCAUGUGCAGCUGAUUUUGGGCCUAGUGACGGCUUAGGCAGCACGGGGAACAUUCUGGACUGCGGAUACUACAGCGGGAGCGGUUUGACAAAAUGUGCUGGAAUUACGGGAUCGAUGACGCGCUGCUAUAGUCAUGGACGAUGCAUGGGUGCACCACUAUACCAGUGUUUGUGCGAUGAGGGAUAUGGAGGUUAUGACUGCUCCCGCCUUCAAUGUCCGACUGGUCGUGCCUGGGUGGAAGAAGCAGCAACGAAUAAUGUCGCUCAUACUUCGAUUGUUCCAUGUUCAAACGCGGGUCUAUGUAGCAGUAGCGGUACUUGCAAGUGCUUACCCGGUUUCGAAGGGAGCGCUUGUAAUCGAAUGUCUUGUCCAAGCCGAAAUGGAGCCAUUUGUAGCGACCGAGGAACAUGUCGGACACUUCGAGAAUUAGCUGCACUUACUCCCACCACAACGUACACGACUGCGGGCUUUAUAUAUGGGGUCAAUCCAAAUGCAGUGUCGACAUGGGAUGCUGACAUGAUUCAAGGAUGCUACUGCGAUAAAGUACCACUUGAUCGUGGAAAGAACGUUCGAUAUGAAGGCUAUAGCUGCUCGAAAACUCCCUGUCCAAGUGGCGACGAUCCUUGGACGAUAAAUCAGGUGAAUGAAGUCCAGACCGUAAGCUGUGCUGCUGACGGUGGAACGUUCACCCUCUCAUUUCGAGGAGAAAACACAUUACCGAUCGCAGUUUCAGCAUCUCCUGCAAUUGUUAAAUCUGCACUCGAGCGACUUCUCACAGUCACAAAUGUGAGUAUUACCUUCGCGACGGGUUCACAUGCUUGUUCAAGUGCUGGCAACGAUAUGAAAGUGACUUUCUAUUCUCCAUCAGGAGAUUUGCCGUUAUUAAGCAUUUCGGCUGUAGAUUUGACCCACUCGACGACGAGUGUGAAUACACAGAUCGUUCAGACUACGCAGGGUACCAAGGAAGACAUUAUCUGUAGCAAUCGUGGGCGAUGCGAUGAAGAUACAGGAACUUGCCUAUGUUCCAAGUACCACACCAGCAGCAAUGCACUGGGAGACUAUGGCACACUGGACGAUUGUGGUGCUGUAGACGUUUUCAUGACUCACGGCGAGCUAUAA